UUGUUUUUUUAUUCUCAGUUGCCGACGAAAUACCGUGACAAUAGCAGCAAAUGUUGACGAGAUAAUAAAUAAAUUAUAUAAACUGGAAAUAAAAACGUAAAUUAUGAAGUCAGCGAUAUUAGAUAAAAUUUCCUGCUUUUUAGCAGAAUUAAUUGGCACAGGACUUUUAGUAUUUCUUGGUUGCAUGGGUUGUAUAAAAUAUGGAAAUCUCGAAAAUAGUCAUUUACAAAUGGUAAUUAAUUUUGGUCUUACAAUUAUGAUUAUAGUUCAAAUAUUUGGAUGUGUUUCGGGUUCACAUAUUAAUCCUGCUGUAACAGCUGCUGCUUUUGUAUAUAAAUUAGUUACUUGGCAAAUGGCAUUAGUUUAUUUUGUUGCACAAAUGUUGGGCGGAUUUAUUGGUUUUGGUUUAUUAAAAGCAGUUGUACCCGAUGAAGCAAUAUUUCCAAAUAAUUCAACAUCACCAGGAUUGUGUACUACUGUUAUAAGACCAGAUAUUCAUCCUAUACAAGCUGUUGCUAUUGAAUUUAUGGUAACAAUGGUUUUAAUUUUAGUCUGCUGUGGUGUAUGGGAUCCACGUAAUGCCAAAUAUCAUGAUUCAGUUACAAUUAGAUUUGGUUUAGCAGUUGCUGCUUUAGCUUGUGCAGCUGGUCCAUUUACUGGUGGAAGUAUGAAUCCAGCGCGCUCAUUUGGACCAGCAUUAUGGAACUGGCAUUUUAAAAAUCAUUGGGUAUAUUGGGUCGGACCAUUGUCGGCAGGUUUUUUGACUUCAAUCGGUUAUAGACUUGUAUUCUAUCGUGAAGUCGUACCAGAUAAUAAAAUACCAAUUAAAGAAGAAAUUCCUUUAACAAUUUCAGCAGAUAAAUAAAACAUUAUACUCUAAAAACAAUAACAAAAAAUAAAAAUUGUAAAUAAACAAAUAAUAAAUAAACUAUAUAAAUACCUACGUGUACAUCAAAACAAAUACAUAUACACAUAAUAAUUUAAGGAAAAAAUCGAAAAUAAAAAGCUUUUCUUGUUAAAGAAAAAACUUACUUAUGACACGAUUUAUAAUACAUAAUUGAUUAAAACAAACAAGCAAUGUUAGAAUUAUUAUUUAAGAAAAAUUAUUUCUACAUACAUACGUGUAUAAAAUAAAUUUGAUAAAUUUAAUUAUUUUUAAUGAUUACUGAGAUUUAUAAUACUUUUAUAACAAAAGAAUAAAGUGCUUUUUUAAUUUUGUUUUUGAAAAAAUUUGUUAACUUUUUUGUUAAAAUAAGAAAUGAAUAAAAAAAUAUAUGUUUACAUAUGUACAUAGUUUAUAAAUGAAAAUUUUUAUUCAUAUGAAUAAACGUAAAGAAAUAGAAUAAAAAAUAUUUUUUAAAACUUGUG